AUGGCCUCUGCCCGUAGCUCUACACCGUAUCUUCACAUGAAACUCAAAAGUGGUAUCGUCAGCCGCUAUGAUGCUGUUGGACCGGCCGUAGCUAACGCGUGGUACAUGCAGGGCGCGAAUAAUGGGAACAAGAUUGGGCUUCUAGCAAAUAUCCGUGCGGCCAUUGCGCUGCUAGUAUACCCGCCGUAUGUGUCAAUGAUGUACGAGAAGCUCCAGGGUGCGUAUAUGGGUUCCGAUAUUCAGGAGGGUCUUGAACUUGGGCUCAAUUGUAGAAGCGGUCCAAUACAGCUCCACCAACCGGCGACCCUACCAUUUCCCCGAAUGAUAUAG